CGUUAGCAUUACUAUGCAAAGUAUGCGCUCCGCGUACGAUAUUAAAAGGGGAAUCUUAACGAGCCUCUCUUUCGCAGUUUACGAGGUUUUAGACAAACUCGGUGGCUACCUGUCGCCGAAAAGCACAGCACCGACCGACAUCACUCCUCUGAUUUCCGCAUUGUUGAAAGUAAACGGGGCGCCCCUCUUCGACUUAUACGUCGACGUAGAUCUUUACGAUCGCACAAAGUCAUCCGUAUAUCUUGAUUUCCCUGCCAAGUAUGAGAAUUACGAGUUUCUCGCGAAGGACCAGAAAAACAGAGACGUACAAAGAUCGCGUAGAAUUCAAGAGAUUGCCCGAGGGUUCUUGCCAAAGAAUAUGGAUCCUGAGGAACAGUCGUCGGAGACGGAUCUGCUCUUGCAGUUUUGCUUAUCGCUCGAGAAGAUUUAUCCAAAGCACAAAGACUUGUACAAUUGGGUGGACGUUGAUCAGAGGGUAUACGUCGCUUAUAACGUUACUUAUCUUCAAGAAAACUUUGGCUACAUAAAAUGGAAAUCGUUAUUGAACACAACGUUACUUUAUCGUACGAACGGCGACGAAUUUCAUGAUGACAAUAACGACACGAAUCUUGUACGAUCACCAUACAUCGCACCCGAGGACCAGCAGAUCUACGUUUACAUCACAGCUCCACGUUACUUCCGCAGUCUUGGCAAGCUGUUAAGUCGCUCCUCCAGACGGAUUAUUCAUAACGGGUUGCUGUUGCUCUACGCCACGAACACGUUGCACGACAUUGCGAAUGUUACCGCGAUCAAGGACUGGGAAGCUUCCUGUUACAGACUGACCAGAAACAUCUUCAGCGAGGCGAUCAGUGCGCUCUACGUGCGACAGUACACUCCAAAGUACUUAGAAACUCUGGUUAACAGGGUGACCGCGCUAUUCGAACGCGUGAAGGAGACAAUAGCUGAACGUAUAUUGGUGAAAUCGUGGCUGGAUGACGAGACCAGGACACAGGCGUUGCAGAAAUUGAAUUCCUUGCUGGGUCAGUUUCACGUGUCGCCCGAUUUUUACAACGACACCUUGCUGGCACGUGAAAUGGCCGAGAUCGUAAUCGACUCGGAUGACUUUUUCGCUACCGUCCUCAAAAGAUUCCAUCAGAUGCGAAAACCACAGGAGCGAAGUCCGUUACGAAGAAACGCCAUAGUAAGACGUCACUAUCCUUACUCCGUGCACGCUUAUUACGAAUCCUCCACAAACACUAUCGGGAUUCCCCUGGCGAUGAUAACGUCCUGGGCAUGGUCGUGGGACGGCGGGCCGGCUUUCGCGGUACACGCCACCCUGGGAUCGGUGAUCGCGCACGAGAUUCUCCACGCGUUUGAUUUUCACCGUCGUAAACUACCAGCGGAACCGGAACGGGACGUCGACGAGUGGCUUCGCGUCACACCGGACUCGUGGAAACGACUGGAGGCCAGGAUAGAAUGCGUCGCGAGACUUUACGCUAGGAGCUUCUGGCGGAAGGUCCAGUCCUACGGGAACGACGUUGCUGUACAAUUCGAUUGGAACGUGACGAAGAACGAGAACGUAGCUGAUAUCGGUGCGCUGCAGAUUUCCCACAAGACCUGGCAUACUUUGACGAACGGGAAGGAUCGUAGCCUCCCUGGAUUAGAGGGACUCCGUCCAAGUCAGCUUUUCUUCAUAAGUGCCGCUCAGAUAUACUGCGUUAACACGACCGUCGAGGCUUACGUCUUCUCCGUUGAGUUCGACUACCAUGCUCCUCAUCCAGAGAGAGUCAAUAGUGUCAUGAUGAAUUCUCAGGCAUUCGUAGAAGCUUUCCGCUGUCCACUCGGAGCAAAAAUGAAUCCCCCGAAUAAAUGCACGGUUUGGUGAUCCAUACAUUCGUUGAUUUAUGAAUUAUGUAUAUCGAUCGUUUAACAAGUCUCCUAUACUCCGCUUUUUACUUUCGCAAUUACGACAAUUGCAUAGUUCACAACAAGAAUUAAUCCUACAGGAAUUGAUAUUUGCCUCUCUUAUACAGAAAUUAAUAACGCUUAGAAGCCAUCCAUUAUAAUUAAAGAAAUUUAAAUAAUUUUUUUUUUUUUGUAAUAGAUAAUUCUUAUUCAUCUUUUGCUGGAAAAAUUAUCUCGAAAUUUCUCGAAAUUUUGCCUUAAAAUCUAAAUUAAAAGUGAAAGGAA